AUGGACUUCUCGAACGUCCCUCAGUCUUCAUCUCCUGAGCUCUCGUCCGUUGAAUCCGAAUCUGCGGAUACUCUUGUGCAACUGGCGAAGGAAACGAAGCAACAGCCGUUCACCACUAAUGGGAGCUUACAGAAGACUUUGGAACACCUUCAACGAGCGCUUCAGCAAGAUCAAACUUCGGAUCAGUACCUCGUUUUCACAUCUGUCCCCCCCGCGCAACAUUCUAAACUGAGUGAUGAUCGGUCGCGAACAAGCAAGUACAGCCGAUUAUCGUACAAUGCAGAAACACGAAUCUUGAUUGCGAAAGUUAUGCCAAAUCCCGCACACGAACUUGCAAUACGAUUAUUUGAUGAGCUGAUCUCUUUCGAACUACGUGCGAUAAACGUCCGUCGUGAAGUAAAGCCUUUAGGUUCAACUACAGUUACGGUUGGAAAUUGGAAAAAGGAGGCUGACUGCUGCUGGGCUCCAGAUUUGACAAAUCCAAGACGACUGAGUUUUGUGAUGGAAGUCGGACUAUCGGAGUCCGCGCGACGACUUGCUCUUGAUGCACGAGGCUGGCUUGAGACCUAUUCCUCAUCUGUGAAACUUGUGGUUACGAUCGGUAUCAAACGCGAAACCCCUGAGAUCGUCUUUCACCGGUGGGAACUUAUUUCCCGAGAAUAUGGCGUCCAAACAAGAUCAUCCCCUCCUCAAGCGCAUCGCACUGCAUUCCUCAAAUUAUCUCGAACGAAUAAUGCAACGAUUAUUACUGGAGAGUCCUACCUGAAUGGCACAAUUACGGCAACUACACAGCUAGAUCUAUCCUUCGACAAGAUUGUUAACCGUCCUCCUCAUCAACCCUUGGAGAGAGAUUUAGUAGUAUCCGAGCAAGAGCUGAGAAGUUUUGCCGAGGAUAUCUGGAUUGGGCAGGGUCUCCUUUAA